AUGGUUUUGCCAAGAUUGUUUAAUGCUACUUCACGUACUGCAGUACAAGCAGCAAGAUCAGCUAGAUCAGUAAGAUCCUUAGCCACAGCAGCUACUCAGCAAGCUCAUGGUAAGGUCAGAGCCGUUAUUGGUGCCGUUGUUGAUGUUCAGUUCCCAGAAGGAAACUUGCCAGCCAUUUUGAAUGCUUUAACCUUGAAGAAUGGUAAUCAAGAUUUGGUAUUGGAAGUUGCUCAACAUUUGGGUGAAAACACCGUUAGAGCAAUUGCUAUGGAUGGUACCGAAGGUUUGGUUAGAGGUACCUCGGUCACCGAUACAGGUGCUCCAAUUUCCGUGCCAGUUGGAAGAGGUACUUUAGGUAGAAUCAUCAAUGUCACUGGUGACCCAAUUGAUGAAAGAGGUCCAAUUGAAUGUAAGAAAAGAAACCCAAUUCACGCUGAGCCACCAUCAUUCAUUGAACAAUCAACAGCAGCUGAAGUUUUGGAAACCGGUAUCAAGGUUGUUGAUUUAUUAGCUCCAUAUGCUAGAGGUGGUAAGAUUGGUUUGUUUGGUGGUGCCGGUGUCGGUAAGACCGUUUUCAUCCAAGAAUUGAUCAACAACAUUGCCAAGGCACAUGGUGGUUUCUCGGUCUUUACUGGUGUUGGUGAAAGAACCAGAGAAGGUAACGAUUUGUACCGUGAAAUGAAAGAAACUGGUGUUAUCAACUUGGAAGGUGAAUCUAAGGUGGCCUUGGUUUUCGGUCAAAUGAAUGAACCACCAGGAGCUAGAGCUAGAGUUGCUUUGACCGGUUUAACUAUUGCUGAAUACUUUAGAGAUGAAGAAGGUCAAGAUGUGUUGUUGUUUAUCGAUAACAUUUUCAGAUUCACCCAAGCUGGUUCAGAAGUGUCUGCUUUGUUGGGUCGUAUUCCAUCAGCUGUCGGUUAUCAGCCAACUUUGGCCACCGAUAUGGGUCUUUUGCAAGAACGUAUUACUACUACUAAGAAAGGUUCAGUUACCUCAGUCCAAGCUGUUUAUGUGCCAGCCGAUGAUUUAACCGAUCCUGCUCCAGCCACCACAUUUGCCCACUUGGAUGCCACUACUGUGUUGUCUAGAGGUAUUUCAGAAUUGGGUAUUUAUCCAGCUGUCGAUCCAUUGGAUUCAAAAUCAAGAUUGUUGGAUGCUGCUGUUGUCGGUCAGGAACAUUAUGAUGUUGCUACUGGUGUUCAGCAGACUCUACAAGCAUACAAGUCUUUACAAGAUAUUAUUGCUAUUUUGGGUAUGGAUGAGUUGUCUGAACAAGAUAAGUUAACUGUUGAAAGAGCACGUAAGAUUCAAAGAUUCUUGUCACAACCAUUUGCCGUUGCUGAAGUUUUCACCGGUAUUCAAGGUAAAUUGGUGAGAUUGUCAGAGACUGUUAAAUCUUUCAAAGAUGUCUUGGCUGGUAAAUACGAUCACUUGCCAGAAAACGCUUUCUAUAUGGUUGGUGGUAUCGAAGAUGCUGUUGCCAAAGCUGAAAAAUUGGCUGCUGAAGCUAAAUAA